AAUGGUACUGUCUAGGCGACGCUAAUGUUUGUCGCUUUUAUUUUUUUAUUCCUAUAAAUCAGCCUGCAGCCGAACACGUUUUCGUGCAAAAUCUAGUUAAAGGUCUCCUCGCGAAUUGCAACAUCUCUUGGAGCCGUGAGAUUUCACCUCGGAGCUGAUUUUAUAUUUUUUCUGGAGCGGAGCAUCACUGUAAAAUGAAGCGGCAGGCCGAACGCGACGCGAGUCCGUCCAGGACGCUCACCAAACGCGUCCGCGAGCGAGACCGGGAGCGCGAACUCAACCCGCCGCUCGCGCUGCUGCUCGCCGAAAGCAGAACUUAUCACAAACGUAGCCGCAGCAGGGAGCGGGAAAAACCGCGGGUUCGAGAAGAAAGAGAGAGUCUCCACCGCCCUUAUCAAGAACUGGGUCUGUUGGGUCGAGCCCCGCUCCGAACAACAACAGUUCUGCCUAAAGGUAAGACCCCAUCUGCAGACAAGGUGGGUACACGACUGGAAUACAAGACACUACUUAUAAGCAACCUUGGAUCAACGAUUUCUGAUGAACACAUAGAGGACGGACUGUUUCAUGAAUUUAAAAAGUUUGGGGAUGUAAGCAUCAAGCUGUCUCAUACGCCUGAACUGGGUCGGAUAGCUUAUGUCAACUUUCGACACACGGAAAAGGCGCGGGAAGCACGCCACGCCAAAACCAGGUUGGUGCUGUAUGACCGUCCACUUAAAGUUGAACCCAUGUACAUGAGGCGUCGCAGUUGCACGCCUCCUGAUGUUAGUUAUGUAUCCAUGCAUGUUUCCGCCUACACAUACAGGCAGCGUUCCCUUUCCCCGGGUGCUGGGGGAAGUGCUCUCAGAGAUUUGAGACCUAGACAUUAUGUGGAUGGUGUGGGGCUUAACAGGGACCGUGUUUUGGACUAUUAUAGUGCUUUGGAGGAGAGUCGUUGUGCAUAUGCAUACCAGCUUCCUGAGGAUGACUUAAAACCAGAGGAUGAUCAGAGAGCCACUCGGAAUUUAUUUAUCGGCAACUUGGAUCACAACAUUUCAGAGGUAGAACUACGACAAGGCUUUGAAAAGUAUGGAAUUAUUGAAGAAGUUGUGAUCAAACGCCCUGCCCGUGGACAAGGUAGUGCUUAUGCUUUUCUUAAAUUUCAGAACUUGGAUAUGGCACACCGAGCCAAAGUGGCGAUGCAGGGACGCAUGAUUAAUGGUAAUCCGAUUAAGAUUGGAUAUGGCAAGGCCAAUCCCACGACUCGACUGUGGGUGGGCGGACUUGGUCCAAAUGUCUCGCUGGCUGCUUUAGCCCGUGAGUUUGAUCGCUUUGGGAGUAUUCGAACCAUAGACUACGUGAAAGGAGAUAACUUUGCAUACAUUCAUUAUGAAAGCUUGGACGCAGCUCAGGCCGCCUGUGCGCAAAUGCGUGGCUUCCCUCUUGGUGGUCCAAAUUGUAGAUUGCGUGUGGAUUUUGCUAAGGACGAGGAAACAAGGCCAUACCCUCAACAGUACCAGCCUCCUUUGCUCCCGCCUCCACAUUUUGAUGUUCUGCCUGAUGGUUACGCACGUCACCGCAGCUUGGAAAGAGAGCUACGAGCAAGGACUCGUUCACCAUCGCACCCUCUGUUCAUGGAGCGAGAGCGCCUUUCUGACCGCGACUUGAGUCCGCUGAAGGGGCUUGAGCGGCGAGCAAACCCGGAGGUGUUUGGUCGGAUUAGGCAGCACAGUCGAAGCAGUAGCAGGGAACACUGGCUAAAGGAGCGAGACCUGGAACACGGCGUAGGGAAAAACUGUGAGGAACGGCGCAAACGAAGGAGCCUCAGUCCCAUAGAGCGACCCAUCGAAGAGCGCAGAAAGUCAAAACUCCGGGGAGGGGCACCCUCAACUCCUGAGGACAGCCCAGACCGGGGAUGCGGUCGCCUUCCAGACUCCACCUCUGAACCUCUAAAUCACACUCCUGACAUCAGCAGACACUCCAGUGAUGGAUGUCCCCUGCAGGAUGAAUCUUUGCAUCAGAGGAGGAAUAGUGAGCGUGAUCGCAAUCAUCGCAAAAACGAGAGUGACCCUGACUCCCAGACUGACAAAUCCAAAACUGACUCCAAAAAGCCCAGCACACUGUCUGAAUACGCCCAGAUGCUGAGUUGUGUGUGGCAUGGUUCUCUUGUCCUUAAAAACAGCUGCUUCCCCACAAACAUGCACAUGCUUGAGGGAGGCGCAAGCUUUCUACACUCCCUCAUGAGAGACAACCAAGCAGGCGGUUCCAAGAUCACGCAACUUAAAAUUGCUCAACGGCUAAGAUUGGAUCAGCCAAAACUGGAUGAGGUGACUCGUCGCAUCAAGCUGGGCAGCCCAGACGGUUACGCUGUCCUUCUCGCCGUCCAGGGGCCCAUGGACCGGGAUGCCCCUCCUCCAGAACCAGGCCUUCAGCAUCGCCUUCUACGCAACUUGGUGACAUACCUCAGAAACAAGCAGGCAGCAGGGGUCAUCAGCCUGCCCCUCGGAGGUCCAAAAGAGAGGGAGAUGGGGGGCAUGUUGUAUGCCUUCCCUCCUUGUGACUUCUCACAACAGUAUCUUCAGACUGCUCUAAAAACUAUCGGAAAACUCGAGGAAGAGCACAUGGUCAUUGUGGUUGUUAAAGACUCAUCUUAACACUUCUAUUCCAACACUUCACUUUCCACAGAUAUUAUGCCUUUUUAUUUUAGGUAGAUGUACCUUUUUACUUUAAAGGGAUAGUUCACCCAAAAAUAAAAAUUCUGUCAUUUACUAAUAUUGUGUUCCAUGGAAGAAGGUAAGUAGUACUGGUUUGAAGCAAGAAGGCGAGUAAAAGAUUUUCAGAAUUUUCCUUUUCGGGUGAGUUAUCUAUUUUACAUGUCCACAUAGUAUACUAAACCAGCGUUCCCUUCUUAAAAGGUUUUGAAAAUUUGAAUAGCAUUCCUCCAACAAUAUUUUUUAAAAUAAAAUAAUACAUUAGUUUUAAAUUUGUUUUAUAUCAAGGGGUUUUAAAUUUGUUUAUCUCAGCAGUGUUCCAAAUGUUCAUUGUAUGCUAUUUACAAAACUUUUUUGAAGUUAAAUCCAGAAGACAAUUUGACUGAAGUGGUUUGUUUAUAAGAAAUAUAAAGCAAAUCGGGCCUCAUUCCUGAAAAAAGAGCGUAACAAAAUCAAUGUAAAUUGUUUUGUAAAUUCAUUGUUGCGAAAAUUGUCACAACCAUUAAGACCAAUUCAAGAAUGGGUUUGCAAACUAUUUAAUCUAAUAAUUUUUUCCAGUGUCUUGUGCAUCAGGAACAGUGACGGCAUUCAAGUGCAAUCAUUUUUUGUGGCUAUUUCACUUCGUAGCACAUUCACCUAACAGUCCUUCCCUCACCAAUUACAUCCAUUUGACCAUUUUUACUUACCAGAUGGAGACCUAGACAAACGCAUGUGUGCAAAUCAUAUAUAAAUGAUUUCUUAAGAAAAUGGACUUGUGCAAUUUAAUGCAACGAUUUAUGUAAGAAUGGUUUUACAAGCGAUUUACACACUUGUGUUUAAUGAAUGCGGCCUAGUGACUUCAAAUUCAAGUUUUCUAAUUGAUUUGUGGCUUUUUACUCUGCAAGAAACUCACUCACCUAACAGUUCUAUGCUUCAUCAGAAAUAUACAGUACUUGAUAUACUUUUUCCUUCAUAUCAGGUGAGGUGCUUGUGUCAUAACUGAUGGCAUCUACCUCUUUAAUCAUGUAACACAUCAGGUAUGUUUGACAUAAUGAAGAUGACGAAAUGUCUGAGUCCACUGCAAUUGUUUUGUGUCGUUUGUAAUAUGCAACAGAAGGUCAUGUGACCAUACGUGUAUCUUUACUGAUCAAGUACUUUAUGGAUCCAAACUCACUAAUGUUGAAAAUGUUCUGAACACUACAAUUUAAGCUUGUGUAAUGGUUUGUUUGUAUACUGGAAUGUCUGUUAAAGGGGUAGUUCACCCAAAAAUGACAAAUCUGUAAGAGAGUUUGUAAAGGUGACAGAAUUUAAACUUUUUUUGGUGUACCAUCCGUUUAAGCCUUAAUUUUUUUUGACUGCCCUCCAUUGAAUGACUUUGCCAUUUCAUUUUUACCAGUGGUAAAUUGAGCCAGUGUCUAUUUUAAACAAGUGCUAUUCUGGGAGUUUUAAAAUGUCUAGCGAUUGAGCUUCGGAAUCAUGUAUAAACCUGAAUCAAGUGUCAUUUCUAGGUUUUCGAUAUUAAUGAAGGGAUUUUGAAAAAUCCACCCACCAACACUACAUCCCUUUGCACUGAAAGGUUAUUUCCCAUUGUUUCUUUUUAAUUGUAUUCUGCUAUUUUACUCGCUCUUUAUUUCAAUCCUUUUUGUAAUAGUUUUUUUCUAGGAUUGUUUUUUUUGUGUCUGUAUGCAAAAUAUGUAUAGUAUAUAAACAUGCAAGUAAGCAUUUCAUGUUCCUGUUUUUAAAUCUUACCUCUGGUCUUUAUUUUCAAAUCAGUGCAUUAAAUUUGAACAUUUAAUAGCAAAGAUGUCAGACCUGAUUUCAUAAUGAAGAUGAGCGGCCAACAAACAUGAUUUCUCAUUGCAAAGCAUACGUCCUGUCUCCAUAGUUACCUCUCCAUCUCAUGUAUUGCCUACAAAACAAGUUGUGAAGGUUAAAGUGGUAUCCAGGCAACUGCAUCCAUCAUUUAAAAAAACUUACAGAUUCCAGAGUUCAAAUGAGGCCUAGCUGUGCGAAUGCGUGAAUAACCACUAGGUGGCAGUGCCAUCAUAAACAACACUUAACUCAUGAAACCAGCUCAUCACUGCUGUGUAAGUGGGAAAUUGCUCAAGGGAAAACAGUCAUUGCUGUGCAUAUUAAACAUGUGCUGAGACAUUGUUGCUACAUUUAACACCAAUUUGAAAGCAGUCUUCAUUUAUACGCCCAAUGCCAGCAUGCAAAUUAAGGAGUUCUGCAUUUGGUAUUUAUGCUAUUUGGUAUAUAUGUUAGAUCUACAUGACACCUUAAAAUUAACCUGUACUAUACCCUUAAUUAGCUCUUUUAUC